UCCAGCCCGUGUUAAUUAGGACGAUGAAUACUGUGCGACUUUUCGUGUUUCAGCUUUUCCAUCUACAAACACUGAGCUUGUAUUUGUACAACACAGCAAAUCAAAGGCCGAACAUAGUAAUGAUCAUGUGCGACGCGUUUGAUGGACGGUUAUCCUUUAAUUCAGGAACUAAAGUUGUACAGCUACCUUUCAUUGCCUACGUUAGGCAGAUGGGUGCCGUCUUCCUCAACUCCUAUACAAACUCGCCCAUUUGCUGUCCUUCAAGGGCAGCCAUGUGGAGCGGUCGUUGGGUCCACUUAACACAGGCCUGGAACAAUUACAAAUGUCUUCCCCCCAAUGCCACGACAUGGAUGGACCAUCUCCAAAAGAAUGGGUAUCAUACCCACAGCAUGGGCAAACUGGACUACACAUCAGGGGGCCAUUCUGUCAGCAAUCGUGUGGAGGCGUGGACGAGGGAGGUGCCGUUUCUUCUGAGACAAGAGGGUCGUCCAAUGACAGAGCUGGUAGGCGACGCAUCCACAGUUAGGGUCAUGACCAAAGACUGGAAAACCACAGACAGCGCCACCCAGUGGAUCAGAAAGAAUGCUACAGCUCUCCCACAACCAUUUGCCCUAUACCUGGGCCUGAAUCUACCACACCCCUACCGCACAGAGUCCCUGGGCCCCACUGCCGGAGGCUCAACCUUCCGUACCUCCCCAUUCUGGCUCAGAAAGGUCUCUCUAGAGCACAUUUCUGUGCCAAGGUGGCUGCCAUUUUCAGAGAUGCAUCCUGUUGAUUAUUACUCCACCGUCACCAAAAACUGCAGCGGUAACUUCACCGAGCAGGAGAUCAGACACAUCAGAGCCUUCUACUACGCCAUGUGUGCCGAAACCGACGCCAUGCUUGGUGAGGUGAUUGGCACUCUCAGAGAGACGGGGUUAUUGAACAGCACUGUCGUGGUGUUUACCUCCGAUCAUGGGGACCUGGCCAUGGAACACCGACAGUUCUAUAAGAUGUCCAUGUUCGAGGGCAGCUCCCAUGUUCCUUUACUUAUGAUGGGGCCACGGAUAAAGACCGGCGUAGAGAUCAGAUCUCCGGUAUCGCUCGUAGAUCUGUACCCUUCAUUUAUUGAUUUUGCAGGUGUCCGAAUCCCAGAUGGCCUUAGUGGUCAUUCUCUGGUUCCUCUGGUCUCACGGGCUGGCCAGAGUGCCAGUGAGCCCCACCCUGGCUGGGUACUCAGUGAAUACCAUGGCUGCAAUGCUAACGCCUCCACUUACAUGCUGAGAAUAGGCCAGUGGAAGUACAUCACCUACUCGGAUGGCGUGAGUGUCCCUCCACAGCUCUUUGACCUUUCCAAGGAUGCCACUGAGCUAAAGGACCUGGCAUCUCACUACCCUGGUGUUUGUCAGCACCUGGACAAACUGCUGCGCUCAGUGGUAGACUAUCCCAGGGUCUCCCAGGCUGUCCAGCGCUACAACAAGCAGCAGUUUCUAGUUUGGAAGCAGAGCCUUGGGAACAAUUAUACUCAGGUGAUCGGCAGUUUGCGCUGGCACAUGGACUGGCAGAAGAAUGCUCAGUAUAAUGAGAAAGUUAUAGAGGACUGGUUAACUGGGUUGGACUGAUUUAAUGCAGUACAGAACUGCUAAACUGGAGCCAGUUGCCGGGGGGAAACAAGGCUUAAACACUGCAGUAAAAUGCAGUUACAGCUUUUCCUGCAGGUCUAUGGCGGUCUCAGAACAGAAGUAUGACUUUGGAAACAGACCUAACCAUUCAUUACAAUGCUUAGGCAGAUAUGCAAGCUCAUAUUGGUUCAAGUGGGGCUAAUUUUCUUUUAUAUGCAAACUUUAAUUUAUUGUGAAUUAAAUAAGUUAUGCAAUAAAUUCAUACAUGCCCUUA